UUCUAUCCUUCGCUUUGAUCGCAAUACAUUUAUCACAAAAGGAAUAUCUUGAUUGUCAUGAAUGCCUCACUUUCAAAAGUCAUCCUCCACGCAAUCACGUCCAUUCGGAGAGUUGACGAGGACGAUCCCGUCGUGAGAUGCCGCGCAGGUCGUUCAAAGGACCUCUCCAAACUAUUGCUACAGGACCCCGAAGGUGCAAUCAAGGAAGCAGAUUCCCACCUACGCGUCUUCCCCUUCAAAGAUGUAGACGUGUGCUGGCGUCGGCUAUACACGGACGCCAGCAUCUUGAAGGCCUGUGUCAAUGUCUGCGCCAAUCUCGUAUUUCCUGCCGCGGCCCCUUUGGACGAGUCCUAUUAUUACCGCCUACUUUAUAGACUUAGGAACCAUGCAGGCGACGAGGACAUUCGCAUCAAGUCCAACGCUCCGUGGCUUACGCCCACUAUACACCUACUCGACCGAGCACUGAUCAUGACUGGCGCGCCACGGCGCGAGAAUCUUAUCGAGACCCUGAUCAAUGCCCUCCAGGCAUCCACUCGAUCUACACUGCAGCAUGCAGCCCCUAAACAGACAGAGCGCAAUUCGCUCUUCUCCCCGGAUGCAGCAACAGCACCUCAAAUAAAAUAUCCCAUUCCUCGCGUCUCAGCGCUGUCGUUCGAGCAGUUCAAAGCGCAUAUCUACACAUCUCGAACUCCCCUGGUAAUCACUGAUGCAGUGGAACACUGGCCAGCCCUAACGACCCGGCCGUGGUCUUCCCGUGCUUACUGGGCUGAUCGCACGUUCGAUGGUCGAAGACUCGUGCCCGUGGAGAUCGGUAGAGCUUACACGGAUGACGACUGGGGCCAGCAGAUUAUCCCCUUCAGCGAGUUCGUCGACGAUUAUCUGGAUCGGGACCGAAAUCAAGAUGGCCCCACCGGUUAUCUGGCACAGCAUGACCUGUUGGCCCAGAUUCCAGCUCUACGGAACGAUAUCUGUAUCCCUGAUUACUGCUAUGUCGAUCCUCCGGGACCGGAGCCGGGUACACCCGUGUAUCUGAAGAAGCGGUUGGAAGCGGAGGAAUCCAGGAAAAGAAAGGCUGAGCAGGGAGCAACUAUCACAAACACAGAAAUGUAUGCUUCGGCGCAGGUUGAUGCUGGCGCUGUGGAGACCGGAUCCGCAAGCGAUGACUCUGUGAACGAUGACUCCGGUGGUCCCUACAUCAAUACCUGGAUCGGUCCGUCGUGGACCAUUUCACCACUGCACCAUGAUCCGUAUCAUAACAUCUUUGUUCAGGUAGUGGGCGCAAAAUACGUUCGACUCUACUCGCCUCAUACGUCAGCCUCGCAAAUCUAUCCGAAGGGAAGGGAGGUUGUGAAUCGAUCAUUGGACGAGAUCUCCAAUGAAGGCGAUAGGCAAGCAGACAUCCAACUUCAAAGGGAAUUAAUUGCAUCCAUCAACGCAGAUGACUCUUUAUCACCAGAGAUGGCCGCGAGGAAGGAUGAGCAGGCUCAAGCGAUUGACAUGUCGAAUACCUCGCAGGUGGAUCUGGCAGCCAUUGAAAUGUCCCCGGCCGAGGCUGAACAGUGGGAGGACCUAUGGCCGGGAUUCCUGCAGGCAGAGUACGUCGAGACGAUCAUCAAGGAGGGCGAGUGCCUGUAUAUACCUGUGGGCUGGUGGCAUUAUGUUCGUAGCUUACACGGGGGUAUCAGCGUUAGUUUUUGGUGGGAGUAGUCAGUUGCCCCUUAUGCCUAGAUCGAUAGAUCGAUAGCGAAAGGACAAUACAGAUUAUAUCAAGCGCACUAAAGGAUCAAAAUGUAGCAGGUAGGAAUACCCUAGACCUGACAGCUCCCAGAUUUACCUUUGGUGUUUGCUGAAGUCAAUCGUCA